AUUGAAAACCGGCCACCCGUAAUUGGUUCAUUCAGCUAGGACCUCAUCAAUCCGUCCUACGCCCUCCUUCCCCAACGGCGAUUGAACUUUCUUGUCUAGCGAUCAUGGGCUGCUCUAUCUUCUGAAGUUCACAAAGUCCAUUGCAAUCCAAUGGCAUCCUACGUAGAUGUAGGGAAGUGCAAAUUUGUACGGUUCUCUCUUACUUCCGCCAGCACUCCCCAGCAAAACAGCCGUCCAUCUUCUUCCACGCAUCUUUCUUCCCAUUUCCAGACCGUACUCUUGAGACGACCCCUUUACCCGAAAUUUGGAUUGAAGCUGCGUCAUUGUUUCCCUCUAUACGCUAUGCGAGGCAGGACUUCCCAGAGAAUUUUUAUGAACCGCCAACGAAUUAGAUUGAUUAACCGGGCAGGACUAGACCGCUUCGGUUCUGCAGAAAACCAAGAGCAAUCUGAACCGGCCUCCAGUUCCCUUGCAAGGGAAAAAUCAAGUCAGUUGAUUAAAAGAGUAGUCUUUGGCCUAGGCAUUGGGGUUUGUGCUGGAGGCGUGGUAUUGGCUGGUGGUUGGGUAUUCACUCUGGCCCUUUCUGCUGCUGUGCUUGUGGGUGCUAGAGAGUACUUUGAAUUGGUUAGGAGUCACGACAUUGCUGCUGGAAAUGCCCCACUGCCUCUAUUUGUUUCACGGCUCAUCCCUUUGAUCUGUGCCGUUAUGCCUGCAUUUACACUAUUCUUCGGGCAAAUUGAUGUUUCAUUGACUUGUGCAGCCUUUGUUGUUGCCAUGUCACUGCUUCUGCAAAGGCAAAUUCCCCGUUUUCCUCAGCUUACUAGUGCUAUGUUUGGGCUGCUCUAUUGUGGCUAUCUUCCUUGUUUUUGGGUUAAGUUGAGAUGCAGUUUAGCAGUGCCAGCCCUACAUACAAAAAUAGCAGAAUCCUGGCCAGCCUUAUUGGGAGGGCAGACUCAGUGGACAGUGGGUCUUGUGGCUUCCUUGAUUUCUUUUAGUAGUAUCAUUGCAGCGGAUACAUUUGCCUUUUUUGGCGGGAAGGCUUUUGGUAGGACUCCCCUUACGGUUAUUAGCCCAAAGAAGACUUGGGAAGGGGCUCUAGCAGGUCUUGCUGGUUGUAUAACCACUACUGCACUAUUGUCAAAGUUACUAUGCUGGCCCACAUCUAUGCUGAGUGCAUUGGCUUUUGGGGUUGUAAACUUUUUUGGAUCAGUUUUUGGUGACCUUACGGAGUCGAUGAUCAAGCGUGAUGCCGGUGCGAAAGACUCGGGAUCCCUCAUCCCUGGACAUGGUGGAAUACUGGACAGAGUAGACAGCUAUAUAUUCACAGGCGGCCUAGCUUAUUCUUUCAUUCAAAUAUGUUUGCCACUCUAUGGUGUUUAGUUAAUGAGAUGAUAAUUUAUUGCUUACCCCAAAGGUUUAGGUUUUAAAGACGUACACUUUCAGAAGGCCAUAUGCUCCAUCUUGCAAGUAAAAUGUACUUGUUUCAAUCUGAUAUACAAAAAAAGGGUUGAAAUUGGAGUACUAUUAUACUCCCUCCGUAACUUAAAAAUCUUCCCACUUUCCUUUUUCGUCCGUAACACAAAAAUCUUCUCAUUUCUAAAUCUUCCCAUCAUACCCUCAAUAAUUCUUAAAAUAAUACACUAUUACAACUACUUUUUUUGGAUUUAUCCUACAUUCCACCACAUUAUUCCACUAUUUUCCCAUCAUACCCUCAAUAAUUCAUAUCAUCUUUCACUAUUCUUAAUCUACCUACUUUUGAAAUGGGAAGAUUCUAAAGUUACGGAGGGAGUAUAUCUAAAAGCAAACCAGCAGAGGCAGACAGGACAACUCUCUGAAACAAGCUUUAGCAAGUUUUUUUGGCUUUCACGUGAUUUUGUCUCUUUAUGAAGAAUAGUAUCGCAUAUGUGUGAUAUACCGAUAUAUAUAGAGGGUAAGAUUCAGGUAAGAAUGGUGUUCGGGGAGAGAAAUGAGAAUAAAAUCUGAUCAUGAAAUACACGAAUUCAAAGGCUAAGAUUAGAUAUAUAUUAUUGUGAUUGUGUGGCUA